AUGCUCGUCAAGAAUCAUAUCUAUGUGAAGACAAUGAAAGACAUCGGCAAGGAAUGGAGUGUAAGCGAUGAUACAUUUAGCGCAACAGAAGAGUUCGCGUGUCAUUUAUAUGGAAAGAAGGGUAAGAGUGUGGAUUCAUUGCGAUAUGAGCUCCAUUAUGCGAAAGGUGGCAAGGUCGCGCCAGAAGAAUUGCCGCCAUGUCAGUCAUCGUUACGGCUGCAUGUGUCUCGUGCAAACUAUCAGCCUGCUAUCUGGAGGAGAGCUACAGAAGCGUGUCCUGAUAUCCCUUCUCCGCAUGGGUAUGUCUGGAACGUGAGCUCUUCCACUUUAGAAUUUAUAUGGCUUGGUUCGAAGCCCGCUCCUGAAGAAGUGAUGGAGCUACUUUCCUGCACCUGCAAACGCAGUUGUACAGAAGAUACAUGCUGCUGCCUCAAAGCAGGUCCCAAGUGCACCGAGAUGUGCAGUUUGAAUUGUGAUAAUAUGCAAUCUGAAGAUGAUGAAACAGUUCUCAGCGCCGAUAGCGACGAUGAAGAUGACUAA